CACAGAACAAGCCGAGGCUCCCUGCAGAGGCCAGGCAUGCACAGCACAGAAGGCUCAGCCUGUGGGCGCCUGCUCAGCUUCCACUGAUCGUGAAGGUACCCAGAUGCCCCACAUCUGCUGUAUUCAACUCAUCUCCUCAUAUCCAGGGUGAUCAGACUGCUCAUUCUCUCUCAACAAUCCCACCAUGACUUCCUUCCACUACCACCUUUUUUUGCCUGAGGGAUAUCAUUUAUUCAGCAAGGAUUUAUUGAGUGCCUACUCCAUACAGGCUGUGUUAAGUACAGUGGAAAGAGAUGAACUAUAGAGUUAUUUGGACCUGGUUUGAAUCUUUGUUCUGCAUUUACUAGCUAAGUGCCCUUGGAUAGGCACCUUGCCUCCAGGAGCUUCGGUUUGUGAAGGUUUGUGACAGUGUGUGUACAACACUUCGUCUACAGUUGGUCCUCGAUAAGUGGCAGCAGUCCCCGUUUUUAUCAGACACAUAAAGACACCUUUCUUAUUAGACACGAAAGAAAUGGAACACAAAAUGUCCAUACCUCAGAAGAUAAAAUCUGGUUGAGAUGACCUUAAUAUGAGCUAGAACAAAGAAUUAAAAGAACAGUAUAAAGGCAAGUCACAAAUAAGCACAAAAGUGUUAACAGUAAGUGCUAUAGGAGUUUAUGCCAAAAGAUCCGCAUGCAUUGGGAAUUUGUCAAAAAACAUUAAUUUGUGCUGCAUUUUAAGAAAGGUGUAGACUUCAGUUCUGAAAGGGGUGGGGUGGAGGAUGGGAAGACGUUCUAGGCUGAGAAGAUCUUGAAGCAAGAAAGGGGAGGAGAGCAGCCUGGCUGAAGUGGAAGGUCCAUGCCUGGGAGAAAGAAAGUUGGACUAGGGUGGGGUGAGCCUCAGAUGCAGCUAGAACCUGUUUUAUCUUCAAAUAAUAGGGUGCUGGGCUGGGCACUGUGGCUCAUGCCUGUAAUCUCAGCGACUCGGGAAGCUGGGGUGGGAGAACUGCUUGAGGCCAGGAUUUCAAGACCAGCCUGGGCAACACAGCGAGACCCCAUCUCUGAAAAAAUAAGAAAUAUUAGCUGGGCAUGGUGGCGCACACCCAUAGUCACAGCUGCUUGGGAGGCUGAGGUAAGAGGAUCACUUGAGCCCAGGUGUUUGAGUCUGCAAUGAGUCAUUAUCAUCCCAUUGCACUCCAGCCUGGGAGACAGAGCAAGACUCUGACUCAAUUAAAAAUAAAUAAAUAGGAGCUAUUGAUGGUUCUUGAAUAGAAAAGUAAAGAGUGCCACAAUGAAGGUGAAAGCAGUAUCACAGUAUGAUAAGUAGACAGGGGUCUGGAGUCAAUGAACUGAUAGAAAAAACUGGGAGUACCUCUGAUUGUGGAAGUCCACAUGUGAUGGAAUCAAGCCUCAGGCCAGACAGGAACCCAAAUUAUCUGGUUAAAUGAUUUACAAAUGAGAAUCACUGGGAGCUUUAAAGAUGAGAACACAUUCGUAGGCCUUGCCCCCAUUUGUGCAUUUUCUCAAAGUUCCCCAGGAGCUGAUGAUGCAGCACAGGCGUAGGAGCUUUAAACUAGUCCAACUGUUACACAAAGGGCAAACUUUCUUAGCGGACUAAGAAACGUAACUCAAAGAGGUUAAGUGACUGAACCAAAGUCACACUCCCAGUUAGUGACAGAGGAGAACCUAAGUUGGACCCUCCUGUCUGGACCCCGGGCUCCUUCCUCUUGGCUGGACCAUUGCAGCACCCGACAGGGGCAACACUCCAGCGGAAGCCCCUGCAACCUGCCCUUAGGCUGAGGCUCCUCCAGAGGGCCCUCCCUGUUUCUCCAGUGCCAAUGCUCACUAGUUCCCCAGACCCUGUAAACUCCUUCGUGGUCUUCCUAAAUGGGACUUCCCCUCAGGCUGUCCAGCAGGAAAGAAGGGAGUAGCAGGAAUACGAGGGCACCCUGGUUCCGUGGCCACUAGAGGUAAGGUGGGCUGGGGGCGGGGGUUAGAGAGCAAGGGAAGCAGCCCAGGUGAGAUGUCAAAGAUCAAGUUUUCAAGGCCACCAGGGAAGGAGGCUCUAGUCCUAAGGUUAAAGUCAGGGCUCAGUUUGGGAAGCUCAGGUGUGUGGCGAGAAAGCUGCUGAGCCGCGGCCAGUUUGCAGUACCAAGGAGAGCUGCUGGACCAGAGAUGGAGACUGGGGUCCCAGAAAGGCACUGCUGGAGCAGGAAGAUCUGGGCCAGCCACCAAAGGGAUGUGAGCCUGGAGCAAAGCAGGAGGACUGAAGCUUGGGCAACCUUCCUCUUUAGGGGUGCCGGAGGGCUCCUGGGCACAUCCAGGCCGGGGAAGAAGCCGCCGAGAGGGGUGUGGUGUUCACACGCAUUACAGGCUUCCGAGAGUGCAGGAGGAGGCCUGAGAAGAGCUGCGGAUUUGGUCACUCCCAGGAAGCGUUAGGUAGAGUGCAGAGCAUAGCCAGACAGCAGGGCUCCAGGAAGUGGAGAUCCUGUGGUUAAAUAAACGUUGCCGCACGUGGAGCUCAAUAGACAAUUCUUGUUUUGACUUUCCAGGAGAGGAGUGGAUGAUUCGGAAGGUAAAGGUGGAGGACGAAGAUCAGGAGGCAGAAGAGGAGGUCGAAUGGCCCCAGCAUCUAUCGUUACUUCCCAGUCCCUUUCCCGCGCCUGACCUGGGGCAUCUGGCUGCCGCUUACAAACUGGAGCCAGGGGCCCCGGGGGCACUGAGUGGGCUCGCGCUGUCUGGGUGGGGUCCGAUGCCCGAGAAGCCCUACGGCUGCGGGGAGUGUGAGCGGCGCUUCCGGGACCAGCUGACCUUGCGACUGCACCAGCGGCUGCACCGGGGCGAGGGCCCCUGCGCCUGCCCGGACUGCGGCCGCAGCUUCACGCAGCGCGCCCACAUGCUGCUGCAUCAGCGCAGUCACCGCGGCGAGCGGCCUUUCCCGUGCUCCGAGUGCGACAAACGCUUCAGCAAGAAGGCCCAUCUGACCCGCCACCUGCGCACGCACACGGGCGAGCGGCCCUACCCGUGCGCGGAGUGCGGCAAGCGCUUCAGCCAGAAGAUCCACCUCGGCUCGCACCAAAAGACCCACACCGGCGAGCGGCCCUUCCCCUGCACAGAAUGCGAGAAGCGCUUUCGUAAGAAGACGCACUUGAUUCGGCACCAGCGCAUCCAUACGGGCGAGAGGCCUUACCAGUGCGCACAGUGCGCACGCAGCUUCACGCACAAGCAGCACUUGGUGCGGCACCAAAGGGUGCAUCAGGCGGCCGGCCCGGCCAGGCCCUCUCCCGACUCGUCCGCUUCUCCUCAUUCCACUGCCCCGUCCCCGACCCCAUCCCCUCCUGGGCCAAAGCCUUUCGCCUGCUCCGACUGCGGCUUGAGCUUCGGCUGGAAAAAGAACCUCGCCACGCACCAGUGUCUGCACCGCAGCGAGGGUCGCCCCUUUGGGUGCAAUGACUGCGCACUGGGCGCCACCGUGGAUGCACCCGCCGCCGAGCCCCUGGCCAGCGCGCCUGGCGGACCGGGCUGCGGCCCAGGGUCCGAUCCUGUGGCGCCCCAGCGCGCCCCCUCGGGCGAGCGGUCCUUCUUCUGCCCGGACUGCGGGCGCGGCUUCGCGCAUGGGCAGCACCUGGCGCGGCACCGGCGCGUGCACACGGGUGAACGGCCCUUCGCCUGCACCCAGUGUGACCGCCGCUUCGGCUCGCGGCCCAAUCUGGUCGCCCACUCCAGGGCCCACAGCGGCGCCAGGCCUUUCGCCUGCGCUCAGUGCGGCCGCCGCUUCAGCCGCAAGUCGCACCUGGGCCGCCACCAGGCGGUGCACACUGGCAGCCGCCCCCACGCCUGCGCCGUCUGCGCCCGCAGCUUCAGCUCCAAAACCAACCUAGUCCGCCACCAGGCUAUCCACACAGGCUCCCGCCCCUUCUCCUGCCCGCAGUGCGGAAAGAGCUUCAGCCGCAAGACCCACCUGUUUCGAGAGGCCUGUGCCAUGAGACCGCCUGGGGUGAGCACCGUGGUCUGGGCUGCUGCCGGAAGGUUUGGCCGCCGCGGGACUCCUGUUUCCUUCCCACAGUGUCUGCGUCCGCACAGCAUACCCAGCUCGGACCUCCUAGGACAGAGACUCAGCGAACCCUUGCUGGGAACCGUUGAGCUGAAGUUCUUGGAAGGCUCCCACCCAGGUGCCCCGUUGGAAAGCAGAUAUUUCCUGGACCCAGCGCGGCCUCAACCAGGGCGGGAAAGAGUGGUUAUUUAUGUACUUAAAGUUUCAUUAAAAUUAAAAUCAGAAAGUUCUGGGGCUGUUAAAUGAGUUGGGGGAGGGAACCCCUGACUCUUCGUAGCCACUGUCCCACCUCCAUCCACACAUAGACCACCCCCUUCCACUUCCCCUUCUGUCCUGGGUGAGUUACAUUUAGCCAGCUGCGGUUAAUUGGUUCUCCCAAAUAAAAAUGUAAUAUUUUAUUCACUAA